AGAUCGUUUUAAAAUGGUGCCUGCGAGAUUAUAAUUACAUUUGCAACCUACAGCCUCCGCCUCUCUCUCAUUCACUCACUCACGACUGCACAAUAAAUGGAUCUUUGAGAAGAGAGAGAGGGAGAGAGACGUGUGAGGAAAGAGGGAGGAGGAGAAGAUAGAAAGGGCAGAAGGGAGGGGGGUAUCGGCGUAUGCUUGUAUACAACUACCCCCGAUUUCCAUUUUUUUUCCCUAACUCGUAAUGUAUUUAAUUCAAGUGAAACGUAAUCAUGACGUGUGUUGUCAUUAAUCUCCUCGCCGCCUCUCCCGGGACUGUUGGAGGUGGUCAGGCAAAUUGCCACCAUCGGAAAACGCCCUCUUUAAUUCAAGGAAGUGAAGCAUGGCAUAGACACAUUUACAAGUAUGGAUUCCCCACCAGAGUGUAUGCUGGCACUUUCCUGUGAGCCUCCACUGUCUCCACCCUCCAUGCCAUCCCUGGACCACAGUCCCCAAUUCCUACCCCAGAGUCCUCUAUCUACACCUUCUAGCCCUCAAACUGAACUCUAUGUCCCGGUCUCACCCUGCCCCCUUCCUGAAGCCUGCUUCCAAGAUGAGGAGGAGGAUGAGGAGUUAUCAACGCCCCCAUCACCCACCCCAGCUGUGGCACUGUUUCCUGGUGAAUUGGAACUCGGCAGUCCCUCAUUAGAGAGCAGCCUACCAGCCACACCAUUAGCACCUUUCCCUGGUUUUGGAGCUCUGGAGCAGGCAAUCUCCUCUGGUCAAAGUACCACCUACAAUGAUGAGUUGGAUCUUCAGCUUUUCAACAAUGAGGGCAUGGCUGUUCCUGGAGGGACCAGCUCUGGGCCUGGCCUGAGGUUCCCCUGCCAUGUGUGUGGAAAGAGGUUCCGCUUCCAGAGUAUUUUGUCUCUGCAUGCUCGAGCACACAGUUUGGACAGGGAGCGUCGGGCUUCAGCUCCCUACCAAACCACACAUGUCAAACUGCAGCAGAAUCACGUAAGCGACAGUGUAAUCCAGAAUUCAUUAUCUGGGUCAUCACAAAAAAGUAUGAAUGAAGACAUGGUUCCAGAGGAACCUCUUCAAACUGCUAGCAGCCCUCAGUUCCUCUUUGAAGGAACCUCAGCCCUGACUCCACCUUUAACAGAGGAAGCACCCAUCUCAACCUCCUUCUCUCCACUUGGCCAGGCCCACUUGGAUGACAAUGCCCCCUCCACAGCUGCUCCUGCCUUCCGGUGUCACGCUUGUAAGGGUAAGUUCCGAACAGCUUCAGAGCUGGCACGUCAUGUGCGGAUCCUCCACAACCCCUACAAAUGUACAAUGUGUCCCUUCUCAGCCAGCCAGGAGGAAAGACUGGCUGCCCAUCUGCAGGAGACCCACCCACCUGAAGAUCCUCCCACUGAAACGGUUUUCCCUUCUCACCCUAUAACAGCACCAAUAGAAACUCCUCCCCCACAAAUGUCUGUUGUUCCAGCUUUCCGAUGUGAGACAUGCGGACAGCGUUUUACUCAGUCCUGGUUUUUGAAGGGGCACAUGCGGAAGCACAAGGACUCAUUGGAUCAUAAGUGCCAGGUCUGUGGCCGUGGCUUUAAGGAACCCUGGUUUCUCAAGAACCAUAUGAAGGUGCAUCUUAACAAGCUAGGCCUCAAGGCUGGAUUGAGCAAUCUGGGUCAAGCUGGAACUGAUCAAUCCAAAGGUCCUGCAAGCACACAAGUGCUGGGGGCUCUGUAUUCUAACUUGCUCCUUGCUCGAAGUAUGGCCAGUGGUGGUGCUUCAGGAAAUCGCACAGAGAGGUCAGAUGCCAGUGCAGGCUCAAGCAAAUCCUCUAUAUUGGGCUAUCUGGGAUUACCCAAAGACAACAGCAAUGGAAGUUGCAUGGAGCGCCUUCAGGCAGUGGCACAGGUUGCAGAAAUGGGUAACGGAGGAGGAGGGCGGGGAAGUGAGUCAGCAGACGGAACAGACCAGGCAGCCAUGUGGCAGCUGGUUGCUCGCAGUCUGGUGGCAGCGCAGCACAACCAACAGCAACAGCAGCAGAGAUCCCAUUCACACCAUCAGUUUCCUUCCUCACGAGGCACGGUCGCUGGGGAAGCCAAGCAGAUGAGGGCCUACCUGGGUGGGUUGGGUUCUAGAGAGGAACUGGAGGGAUCUAGUUCACCGUGGGAGUGUCCAGAUUGCGGCAAGAUGUUCAGAAGCCUUCAGCAGGUGGUUGCUCACGCCCGUGUCCAUGUCCAGAAACCACAGAAAGGCCAAAGUGCCCGAGGGGGCAUGUCCAGGGAAGAGGACAUUAUAAACAGAGUCAGUGGAGCUCAAGCAACAGGCGGAGUAGAAGGAGGGCAAAGAACAAGUGACAAUGAAGUUAGGCAGGAGAGAAAGCAACUCCCAUCAGGAGUCGUGUCAGCUGGGAGCUUCCAUUCUGUCAUAUCACAUCUCUCUGGUCAGAACGGUGUGAGGGAAUCAUCCUCUUCCACUUCAUCUCCAAGGGAGCGUGUUCGGGGAACAGGGAUGAAGGAUUGUCCCUACUGUGGUAAAGCCUUCCGGUCUUCCCAUCACCUUAAAGUGCACCUUCGUGUACACACAGGUGAGAGACCAUACAAAUGCCCCCACUGUGAUUAUGCUGGCACCCAGUCUGGCUCUCUCAAAUACCACCUUCAACGUCAUCACCGUGAGCAAAGGAACGCUAUGGCAACCUCCCCAACCUCCCCAUCACCUAGCCUUCCCUCUCUGACUGGAUCUCCCCGUGAAGGGGCAAAAAAGCGCAGACUACCCUCCACAUCCCAGUCGUCUUUUGGGAGGGAGCCUUCUUUAAGGCACAGUCAGUCAUGGGGUGAAGGCCCAUCAGAGCAGAAGGAGGGCUCUUCUGCAUCCAUUUAUCAAAGAGAGGGAGACCUGGAGAGUCACUAUCGCAGUCUGUCAGGGAUGAUGGGUACACUCUUCCCCGGUGGUCUAGAAACAAAUUGGAUUGGGGAGGUACCACCUCCGAAAAUGCCAAAAGUGUCUCGACGGAAACCCCUUACUACAAGCCGCAUGAUGUCAGUAAAUGGCUAUCAGGGCGGCACAACGUCCCAGGAAGGAGGCUUCGAACCACUGGACCUCUCCCGUCGCCCUUUACAAGAUGAAGUGGGAGUGAGUAGUUCUGGAGGUGAACCAUCAGGUGGCUCUAAAGGAGGGAAUGAUAUCCUUAAUCAAUGUGUGUUCUGUCCCUUCCGAACCUCUUCUGUUGAGCUGAUGGCCAUGCACCUUCAGGUUAAUCACACCAGCAAGUCUCGUCGCAAGAGAGGCGUCCCUUUCAGUUCCACCAAUCAUUCUCCAGGACUAACUUUGGCCGGGCCAGACCGUGAUCCCCUGGCUCUGUGGAAGUUCCUUGGUGUAGAGGAUGGACUAGCAUCUCCUGAGGACUGGGUCUCAUCCAAGUCAAGAGCUGAGAAUGGAGUCAGCCCAGAUAACAAGGAAACAGAGGACAGCUUUGAACUUGCCCCUGGACCUGCGGGAAGAUUUGGUGCCACAGAGAAGAAACGUAAAAUGAGAGAGGACCUAGAAGAGGCAGAUGAGGAGAUUGACGAGGAGGAGAAUGAGCUGGAAGCAAAUGGCAGAAGGGCUCAGUCUGUUUCAUCAGACCUCACGGCUGAGUAUCUACCCAAGGAGGAGGAAAGUGUCUUGGGGAAAUAACAUCUAAAGAGAGCCCUGGAGAAAAGAUAGGGGCAGGGGAGAAAUAUUUGGGAAAUAGUUGUCCAGGGUCCCUCGUAUCCUUCAAACCAAGGGCAGACCAGUCACUAUGCUAACAUACUGGACAUUAUGUAAUAUGUUAACAGAAAACCCACAAAAGUAAUUAAAUCAACCAUUCCCCUUAUUAUACCCUCUUGGUUAGUGAUCAAUUACCUCUACACACACAAAGACUCUCAAUCACACAGAGAUAUCCAGUAUUGUAUGCUAGUCUAAGCCUGCCUGACUCGGGGCCUUCUUGAACACUGUUCUCUUGUUCCUGUCUUCUUGUCAGUGAACGCAAUUGCCAAGUUGCAUUUCAUUUACAAUUUCCUUGCUCCUGUGAAUCUUGCUCUCAUCUCAACAAGGACUUGGAAUGUCAAUCUGUGGAGCUGAAAAAGCAAAAAAAAAAAAAGAAACACUUCUUAAUCACUACAAUAUACAGUAUUAAUGCUGAGAGAGAUGCUAACCGAAUACUGAACGGACAUGCUACUUCCACAUGAACUUAAUCUGACAGCACGUCUUCAGUAAAUCAAAGGAGUGAGCACACUUCUUACCAUGCACCUGCCAGACUCUGAACAGAAUGCUGUGAUAACUGAAUGGUACUUGUGAAUCACCUCUAACAGAACAGGACAGAGUAAAGAUUAUAUUACCAGAUAUCCACACUGCCAGUCUGCUCCGACGGGUAUUCUUCAGAUAUUAUAUGAAACAGAGAUUCUGCCUCUUCUAUAUGCUAUUUCUCUCAGUGCCUGUUGAUGUAAAAGGUUUUUAGCAGAUUCAGCAACACAGGAAUAUAGUUACAUUGAAUAUAUACAGUAUAUAUGCGUAGUUGUGCUAGAGCAUAGAGUUCUGUGACAAUAUGGUGGCAGUUUGUGUGACUAUGUCUGCUGUGAAUGAAACCAUGAAUGAACCCAGAGCACCACAUGUGGGAACAGCUGGCCGUUUGACAAGGGCCCUAUGGAAGUGUUUACAUUACAGAUACCACCAGGAUAUCUGGAUUAAAUCCAGACCACCGUUACUAUGGAAAGUUCAAAUUUCAGGGUUUGAAAUGGAUAUCAAUCUAGUAAAUGGAGACUCAGCAAUAUAUCCUUCAUAUUCCUGUAAUGUCUCUGAUUCAAACCAUCCAGCAAAGGGUGGAAAGUGGGUCUCUACUAAAACAUUCAGUAUGCCGUUUUUUUUAGCCGUGAGUAGACUUUUUUUUUUUUUUAAUAUCAAAAAUGAAAAGAAAAAAAACAAACACUAACAAAUUCAGACAUCCCAGUAGAACAUAUGUAGCUUUUGUAAACAUAAGAGAUCAAAAAGAGGAAAAAAAUAUGUUGUUUUCUUUUUAAGAAGUGUUAAUGGAAAAGGAUAUGGAGAAUAGUAAUAAGUAUUAUAAUAAUUAUGAAAUAAGACUGCUUCAGAAUGUCUUUAGAGCACUGUGCAAAGAUUUCCCCCCCAAACUCGCUUUAGUUUUGCUUUUAAAUGCAGAUCAAACUUUUGUUCUUUUACCCCAAACCAUUUUUUUCCCAUAAUGCUGCAGAUUUAAUUCAUAUCCCCUUAAACAAUGUGUUUAUAUAUUCACCAAUCAACAAAUCAAUCGUUCGGAAACACAAUCAUUGUAAAAGCUUGCCUGAUGAUCUUGAAACUUCAGCAAUUGAAAAUAUAUUUAUAAGUUGAUGGUGAGAUCAUGUCCAAGACAUGUCCCACUAUCAGCAUUGUCAGUGUGACUGAUCUGCUUGCCAAAUUUGAUUUCAUGUAAUUGUGUUGCAUGUUUGAUGUGGAAUUAGCACAUCAUACAAACGAUGCUCUACUUUCCUCAUCCAACUCUGUAAAAUCAGGUCAUCUCUCAUUGUUAUCAUUAGACACUAAGUAGGAGGUACUUUUGUCCAGUGAUUGACAGAGGCUGGCCUUAAAACGUCAUUAUUGUGUCCUUGUUUUGUGUGUAGAGUAUCUUAUGCGUUCGGUAGCCCCUGAUGUGGUUUUCCUUUGAGAUAACAGUCAAGCCACUGUGCCUUCUGUCCUGAGCACUUCCUCAAGUAUUUUGUAAGCUCACCAAAAGCACUUAGCCCCUACUGUUUCACUUUGUAUUCUUUGGUAAACUGUGUUCUGUUCUUCUACAUAUCUGAUCCUCUGUUUUGUUGAGAUGUCAGAUGUGGGGGUCAUUUCCAUUUCAAUGAGUGCCAUUCUGUCAUUCAUGCGUGCUGUUGCAUCUCCUGCUUUCCUCCUUUCCCAUUAGCGUAUGCACCACUGAAAGCUUACGUACUAUCUAGCUCCGAGGCCUUUCAAGAAGUUACUUAAAUUUCUAUGGUGCAUGUUACUUUGAUGCCGAUGAGAAGAAAUCAAGCUCUUCAUAAUUAUUAUUAUUAUCAUUGUUCUUUUUUGUUUUAUGGAAGAAAAAACUAAGGAAACAAACAAAAAACAUGAACAAAAUGUGUCUCUUGAAUGUUGUACAGAUAAAAAUAGAGAUGUUGUGUUUCUAACAAGAGAUCAAACCGUCAAACCUGCUCUCCAUCGCCCCCUGCGCAGCCAGCGAUGUUGUGGCUCUUUUAGGAUGGCCUAACUGUGUAUAGGGAUCAGGGCAAUAGUUUUGUUUUGUGUGUUUAUGUGUGUGUGACCAUGUGCAUUAAUGUCUUAAAAAAUAAUAUUUUGUGAGAUAUACUGACACUGUGAAAUAAGCAUAAAAGUAUUCCCAAACAGUGAUGUGCUGCUCAAAAAUUCACGAAGUUCAACAUGCACUUUUGUUUGUUGUUCCACCAGAAGUGUGUGAAUUCAUAAAUAUCAUCCAGUGAAAUAGGAGAGGUGGAGAGAAGGUCUGGGUUUGAUCCUUUUUUUAGUAGCCGACUGCUGUUGGUGGCAGAGGAAGCUGAUCUAACAUAGUAGUGACUAAUAUGAAAUUGUGGAUUGAGAAAAAAAAACAGUAGAGAAGAAUCAAUAAAAUACAAAAAAAAAAAAAA